AUGACCAAGGUCCGCCGCAAAGGCGCCAGCGCGACCGACUACAGCCCGCGCGGCCUCAUCGAGUGGUUCUCCCGACUCGACCUCGAGUACACCACGGGCGACGAGUACGACGAGUACGACGACAACGAUAUCGACCGCACGAGGGCCUCUAUUCUACCGCCGUUGAGCGAUCUCAAGCCGAUUCGCCUCGCCGAGAUGGACACGACCAAGAAGUACUCGGGCCGCUACUUGCUGUGCCGCGCAAAGGGAGCACCCUUCCUGCGGUACGGGCUCGCCUUCCCUGCCGAGGACCAGGACGGCCACCUCUUCAUCGUCUACGCGCGCAACUAUCCCCUGUACGGCGUCAAGCAGACCGACCUCGACAAGCUCUUCUUUCCCGGCACCGGCCUCCUCAUUCGCGAGCCCGCCUUCACGUUGUCGACGACCGAGGGCAUGCCGAGCGACGUCCGCGUCUCGUCGCCGACCGACAUGGAGCCGGGCUACGACCCGUACGCCGCCGGUCAAGCCUACUUGGACGCCGAACAGCCGUACCUCGCCGUCCAAGCCUUCACCGAGGCCAUCGCGCGUGCCGAGACGCAGCAGGACACCGUCCGCGUCACGCUCAAGCGCGCGCACGCCAACCUUAAGGCCGGUCGGCCUGCGGCCGCCUACCACGACACGUCCAUCGUCCUCAUGUACCUCGACAUGGGCGUCCCCGUCGCGCUCGGUGACCGCUCGGUCGCCCUCACGACCCGCCUAAACGCCCUGUCCGCGGCGGGCCUGCACGAUCUCGCCGAGCUCGUUCGAGACGACCUGUUCUCGCUGCACGAGGACGAGGUGACAAGACUCGACGGCAUCGACGAGGCGUUGGGCAAGUUCAUCCGUUCGGGCGACGACUCGCACCUCAAAGGGACGACCGUGGAAGGUCAAAUCGCCGCUUACAAGAUGUACGGGCGCAUCGAGGGUGCUCGCAGGCGGCAGCAGCACGCUCAAGAGUGCAAGAAGGCGAGCGAGUCGGGCGACUACAACCUGUUCCCGUUCGAGCAGGGGCCGAGCCCACCGCUCAAGCCGCCGUGCGACCGCCUCAAAUUGCGCGACUACGUCGGCCCGAUCCGCGUCGCGCAGCUCAAGAAGCGCACCGGCGGUCGAGGCGUCAUCGCCACGCGCGACAUCAAGCCCGGCGAGCUCCUCCUCGUCGAAAAGGCGUUCGCCGUCGCCGACUUUGGCACGCUCCACGACCUGUCGAUCGACGCGCAGGCCGACCAGAUCCCGCACCGACCCAAGCACGCGCUCGCCGCCGAGGUCGCCGCUCGCGUCCUGGACGACCCGUCGACGCUGUCCGUCCUCGAGUCGCUGUUCGACGGUCGCGGUUCGCCUGAGCGGCCGCUCGUGUUCGGCGCCCUGUCGAAGCGCAGCAUCCCCAAGUACGCCUCGGCGCCGAUCAGCCUCGACAUGGACUGGGUCGAGCGCAUCUGCCGGUUCAACGGGUUCAACUUUCCGCCGUCGUGCUUGCCCGAGCUCGACUCGCCCAACCUCGGCGCGCCGGGCUGGCGUACCUGGUCGGCCCUGUUCCUCAACGGCUCUGCGUUCAACCACUCGUGCCUGCCCAACACGUACCACAAGACCGUCGGCGACCUCCUCGUCGUGCGCGCUCGCGUGCCCGUCAAGAAGGGCAAGGAGGUCUACGUCUCGUACGCGCCGAUCGACAGGACGCCGUCGCACGAGAUCUGGGACGUCCUCGACCGGCACUUUGGGGACAACGGCUGUCCGUGCGCCUACUGCGUCGAGACCAAGGACGACGACAACAACGUGCUCGAGCAUCGCCAAAACGCCCUCGACCAGUUUGAUGAGGCCUUUGACGACUUCUUCGCUCCCCGCGAGUCGACGCCCGAGGCGUGCGCCGAGCAGUACGCCCACAUGAGCACCAUCGUGGCCGACAUCUGCAGCACGUACAUGGGCGACUGCAACGUCAAGCCCGAGCUCGUCGAACCGUACGCCAAGCUCGUCGAGGUCGCGAGCGGCGACCGUCGUUCCACCGACACGGUCUUGCACGGCCCUAUGGCCGUGGCCUGGUCCAACGCCGUCGCCGCCGCCGGUGGAGCGUGCGACUUGAGCGGCGACGUGUGCGAGUUCGACCCGGCGCCGCUGUGCUGGACCGAGACGAUCGUCGAGUCGACGUUCGAGUACGCGCAAGCGUGCAUCGAGGAGGGCUCGCCGGCCGCGUCUGCGCGAGCUUUGCACCUCUUGACGAUCUUGGCGAACCUGUCGCGCGUCGAGCAUGGCGACAACCUCGAGCACUUCUGGCGACGCUGGCGCACGAACCUCUCCGAGUUCGAGGAGUUCAAGGAGCGACUCGUCGAGGGCAUGGCCGAGGGCGACAAGUAGACUCUCUCUGUGUAGCUCGUCCGCAGUUGUAUCAUCGCAUGUAUCUCGUCAUGUCCGGCUCGC